AUGAUUCGGAACGUUGCGCGAAUGACUUUUUCCCGUGGAUUUGGCCGCGGAAUCCCCCGAUGGGGCUUUGCUUCCGGCCCGGUGGCCCCCGUGACAGCCCAGAUCCAGCCCAUGGCCGCCCGAUUUCCUUUUUCCACCGCUUCUACCGUCUUCCACCAGCACGGCGACGGAUGCGGAUGCCCGUCACACAAGGUGCCCACGGUCAACGAGACCGGAGCCAAGGACGCCCAGGACGCCAAGGACGCGGAGCCCGCCGGCGAGGUGACGCCCAUGUACCAGAUUUCGUUCACGUGUAAGCGAUGCGACACCCCCUCGAGCCACAAAAUGUCGCACCAGGCGUACCACGGCGGUACGGUCCUGGUCCAGUGUCCCGGAUGCAAAAACCGGCACCUGAUUGCGGACCAUCUGAAGAUAUUUUCCGACGAGCCCGUCACCAUUGAGGAUAUCAUGGCCAAGAAUGGCGAGAAGGUGACCAUCAAGCAGCGCGAAUUCCGCUUCAACCAGGACGGAGGGGAUUUGGAGUGGGUCAAGGAGUGA